GUGACGACCAGGAAUGCACCGGGCGAGCGCGGCCAGGUGACCCCAACCGCCAACCACCUUCAUGUAGUGACGAGAUCUUCUGUAUCGCCCCUGUGGCUACAGCACAUUUCUCCUCAACUUGACAUAUCUGGCACCACAGAGGUCCUAUAAAUCACUAUAGAUACUCUGCUAUAUUUGUCUGUGUUUUGGGAGUUCACCGGCUGUUGGAAGAGGAACGAGAGGCUGAGUCUGAAGGCAGAAGCAGAGAAGAACUAUUUCAUCAGAGGAACGUAUUUCAUCAGGAACUACAACAUUCCAGGAAGAUGACAAAUGGCAGUAAGGGAGAGGGUAAGGACAUGGACCUACAGGGAGAGGAUAAGGACCUACAGGAAGAGGGUAAGGACCUACAGGAAGAGGGUAAGGACAUGGACCUACAGGGAGAGGGUAAGGACAUGGACCUACAGGGAGAGGGUAAGGACAUGGACCUACAGGAAGAGGGUAAGGACCUACAGGAAGAGGGUAAGGACAUGGACCUACAGGAAGAGGGUAAGGACAUGGACCUACAGGAAGAGGGUAAGGACAUGGACCUACAGGGAGAGGAUAAGGACAUGGACCUACAGGAAGAGGGUAAGGACCUACAGGAAGAGGGUAAGGACAUGGACCUACAGGGAGAGGAUAAGGACAUGGACCUACAGGGAGAGGGUAAGGACAUGGACCUACAGGGAGAGGGUAAGGACAUGGACCUACAGGGAGAGGAUAAGGACCUACAGGGAGAGGAUAAGGACAUGGACCUACAGGGAGAGGAUAAGGACAUGGACCUACAGGGAGAGGAUAAGGACAUGGACCUACAGGGAGAGGAUAAGGACAUGGACCUACAGGGAGAGGGUAAGGACAUGGACCUACAGGGGGAGGAUAAGGACAUGGACCUACAGAGAGAGGGUAAGGACCUACAGGGAGAGGGUAAGGAAAUUGGACUACAGGAAGAGGGUAAGGACCUAAAGGAAGAGGGUAAGUACCUACAGGGAGAGGGUAAGGACCUACAGGGAGAGGAUAAGAACAUGGACCUACAGGAAGAGGGUAAGGACAUGGACCUACAGGGAGAGGGUAAGGACAUGGACCUACAGGGAAGAGGAUAAGGACCU